UUUAGGCUGUAGCAACACGUCAACAAAAUGCGCCAGUCGUAGGACGCGUAACACGAGGAUGAUUUUCUGCCAUUUCAAGUAAUUCUUAACACUUUGGAAAAAGUGAAUAUUUUGUGAUCUGGAACUUUAAAGCUAUUACAAAAUGUCGGAUUUUGCGUCUCUCGGGUUGUCAGAUUGGCUGAUUCAACAAUGUAAACAAAUGGGUAUCAGUAAGCCAACUCCAAUCCAGGAAAACUGUGUGCCACCUAUUUUGGAAGGUCGGGAUUGUAUGGGUUGUGCCAAGACGGGCAGUGGAAAGACGGCUGCCUUUGUGCUACCAGUGCUGCAGAAGUUAUCCGAGGACCCAUAUGGCAUUUAUUGUUUGGUGCUUACACCUACCAGGGAACUGGCUUAUCAGAUUGCAGAACAGUUCAGAGUCUUGGGGAAACCAAUGGGCCUGCGGGACUGCAUCAUUGUUGGCGGAAUGGACAUGAUCAAACAGGCUUUGGAGCUCUCUAAGAAGCCCCACAUUGUGGUAGCCACUCCAGGAAGACUGGCAGACCACAUUCGUAGCUCCGACACCUUCAGCAUCAAAAAGAUCCAGUUUUUGAUCCUUGAUGAAGCCGACCGGUUGCUUGAGCAAGGCUGCGCAGAUUUCACCAAGGACCUGGAAGUGAUCCUGGGUGCGGUGCCUGCUAAACGACAGACACUGCUUUUUAGUGCCACCCUCACAGACACACUGCAGGAGUUGAAGGCCAUUGCUAUGAACCAGCCCUUCUUCUGGGAGAGCAAGUCAGAGGUUCGCACGGUAGAGGAGUUGGACCAAAGGUUCAUCCUGACACCAGAGAAAGUGAAAGAUGCCUACCUGGUGCAUCUAAUCCAGAAGUUUCAAGACGAACAUGAUGACUGGUCCAUCAUGAUCUUCACUAGCACGUGCAAGAAUUGCCAAAUUCUCACGAUGAUGCUCCAGAAGUUCAACUUUCCUACCAUCUCAUUGCAUUCAAUGAUGAAGCAGAAACAACGUUUUGCCAACCUUUCCAUGUUCAAAUCCAGCGUUUACAAAAUCCUGAUUGCAACUGAUGUGGCCUCACGGGGUCUGGAUAUCCCAACGGUCCAAGUUGUCAUCAACCACAACACGCCGGGCCUACCCAAGACCUACAUUCACCGAGUCGGUCGGACGGCCAGAGCCGGAAGGCACGGCGUCUCCAUAACACUGGUGACACAGUAUGACAUCCACUUGGUUCACUCCAUCGAGGAGAACACCCAGACCAAACUUAAAGAAUAUCCGGUGGAGGAAAAAGAGGUUCUGAAGAUCCUCACCCAAGUCAACGUGACCAGGCGGGAGUGUGAAAUUCAACUUGAGUCGACAGAUUUUGAUGAGAAAAAGGAGAUCAACAAGAGAAAACAGAUUAUUUUGGAGGGGAAAGAUCCAGACAUGGAGGCGAAGAGAAAAGCUGAACUGGAGAAGCUGAAGGGGAAGAAAAGGAGAUUCAAGGAUAAGAUACAGGAAACCAUUCAGAACAAGCAGUACGGGAUGCAGAAGAAGAAACUGAUGAAGCAAAAACACAUUCAGAAGAAAAAGGCAGAGAAGUCUACCUAAUGAACGUUUAAUGAAUUGUGUAUAUAGAAAAGUUGCCCAUAGUUAAAUAUCUAGGGUAACAUGUUUUCUGUAAAUUGUUCCUAAUAAGUGGCAGUGGAUAAACAUUUAUUUUGUAAAUCA